GGAUCUUCUGGUGGAUUAGAAAAUUGUGAUAUGGAAACUGGCACACCCGAUAGUACCAAAAAGAAUCAAGCUACUGUGAUCCAAGGUGAAAGGAAUUCACAGGAUGCAGAAAACUCGAAUCAAACUACAAGCACCUAUGAGGAUGGAUCAUCUGAUGUCGAUGCGAAACCUGAAGUGCCGGAAUUUUGUGUCUCUGAUUUAGUGUGGGGUAAAGUAAGGAGUCAUCCAUGGUGGCCAGGGCAGAUAUUUGAUAGUUCUGCUGCUACUGCAAAGGCAAAGAAGUAUUUCAAAAAGGGAAGUUAUUUGAUUGCAUAUUAUGGUGAUCAGACAUUUGCUUGGAACGAGGCAUCUCAGAUCAAACCCUUUAGGUCUUAUUUCUCACAUAUGGAAAAGAAGACCAAUAUGGAAGAGUUUCACCAUGCUGUGGAUUGUGCUUUGGAUGAGGUUUCUAGACGGGUAGAGUUUGGUCUGGCCUGUUCUUGCAUUUCGGAGGAAGCAUAUUCCCAGAUUAAAACUGAGAUAAUUGCUAAUACUGGGAUCCGGGAAGAAUCUAGCAGACGAGACGGUGGGGAUAGGUUUUCGAGUGCUUCCUCCUUUGACCCUUUGGAACUUGUUAAAACUAUGGAAAAAUUGGCUCAAUCACCUUCUUAUACCAACGUUGAUAGAUUGCAAUUCACAAUAUCACAGGCGCAAUUGUUAGCAUUCCAUCAUUGGAAGGGUUAUUCUCAGCUACCGGAGUUUCAAAAUAUUUGCGGAUCGUUGGAGACUAAUGCUGAAAUCCCUCUGUCUGAGGAAAUGAAGAAAUGUAGCAAACUGAGAGAAAAUGAAGUUCCUAGUGUCAAAGUUGACAAAAGGGUGUACUUUGAAGAAGAGGAGCAAGAUAGCCGAGAUGGCUCAACUUCUAAACAAAAGAAACUUACAGUUUCCGGAAAAAAGGAGAAAAGCUUGUCAGAGUUCAUAGCUGAAAGGGGCUUGAAUUUGCAAAAUGUUAAAAGGAAAUUGAAUAAAAAAGGUGAUGACAAGUCAAUGUCUUCACCCCCUGCUAAAAAGCAAAAGGCUGUUGACCCUGUGUGCAAGGACUUGGCAAUGAAACAGAAUAAAAAUAGUUUGUCAACAGCAUCUGUUGAUAAGCCUCUACAGUCUAAGCAAACUUUUGGAGUUGGAGCUAGCAUUCUUAGGGUUGCAAGCCAACUGAGUGGUUCAAUAUUUUCGACACCGUUACUAAAGCAUUCUGAUGGGAAAUCUCUGAAGGCGGCAGCUGGUAAUAAAAGUAAAGGAAAAUCUUCUUCUGGUAAAUCACGAGGGAAGAAGGUUCCUGAAACAGAUAUCUCUUCUGAUAAGAUGCUCUCACAGCUUCAUUUGGCUGCUACAGAUCCCUUGAAAGGGAACUGAUGCCAUAAUGGGGGAGAAAUCAAUCAAGUUCAAGCUUACCGGGAUGUCUGAGUUCACCUCAAUCGAAGACUCCUCUUGUUCUGAAAGGAUAAUCCAAUACUUUCCUGAAGAGCAGUUAACAAUUGACAAGAACAACCAAACCGCGGGGAACAGUUUUUUGGUUGUUGAAUCACAGUCAGCUGCUAAAGCAUGUGCCAAUUUGGAUUCUGAACAGAAACAUGCAGCUGUAGAU